AAUCAUUAAUUCAAAAGUAUAUUAGCGACAGCUUUCUCGACCAUUUGAUUGAUUAAUAAACCUAGAGAAGAAACAGGGGAGCCCAGAGACGAGAAAAAAAAAAAUACUUCCUCCGUUCGGAAAAGAAUGCAACAUAGGGCUGGGCACAGAUAUUAAGAAGGACAGAAACAGUAAUUAUCUUUCCUAUUUUGCCCUCCACUACACGGACAAAACAUUAAAGCACAUAAAGUGCUACAGUGCACAUCAUCUUUGCUAAACCACAUCAAUUUAUCUCCUUUUGGCACAGCGUUUUUUGUACACUCCACAUACGCAAUCAAGAACGGAUCGUCACGUUUACUGAUCAUCCCCUUUCGCGACGAAUUUCUCGGCACCGGUGGAGCCGUGUACGGCGGUGGAGGAAUUUGCAGGCCUCGGUGGUAUUUCAGGGGAGACGUCCUGCAUCCAUCAUGCGCCGCCGCGCGAGGCGGAGGUGGAAGCUUGGGGUGAUGAACAUGAAAGAUUGGCACUGCCGCCUUUCUGAUCCCGGGUUUUCGUUCCUAAGAAAAAGGCAAGCCUCCCUUGGAAGAAAGGAUGUGCUUUUCACUCAUCAAUACUGGUGUGAUAGAAAAUAUUGUCGAAGUAUUUUCCCAGAUCCCUCUGGUAUGGCAUUGGUUCUGAUUAUAUUGCCUUACUAAUAUAUUUUGGUGUUUUGAGGUAAAAAAUUCAACUUUAUCAAGUCAGAUUUUAGAUUCUUGUAGAUUGAGGGGAUUUUUGAAAUGGAUAAGUUACAGUGGGGGAAUAGAAAAAGGCUAAGAUGUAUGAAGGUGAAGGAAUCUUCUUCUAAUGGGAAAUCCGAUGGUUCUAUGAUGAAGAGGAAAACGGUUAGAGUUGAUAAUAAUAAGGGGACUAUUUCUCCUCCCCAUCGUUCCAACAGGGAUUUGGGGACAGCUAGGUCUAGUGCGAAUGAGUUUAGAAAGCCAAUGACAUCAUCAUCUCCUGAGAAAGAGGACAGGUAUUACACCACAAGAGGGUCGGUUGGAUUGGAUGAUCAUACCAAGUUGCUUCCGAAUCCAAAGGAAGAGAAGAAGAAGUUCGUUUGGCCCAAGCUACUCGUCACAUUGUCUAGCAAAGAGAAGGAAGAGGAUUUUAUGGCAAUGAGAGGUACCAAACUUCCUCAGAGGCCUAAGAAAAGGGCGAAGUUGAUUCAACGAACCAUUCUUUUAGUGAGUCCAGGUACAUGGUUAUCUGAUCUGUGUCAGGAGAGGUAUGAGGUGAGGGAAACCGAAAAGAAGACUUCCAAGAAGAAGCCAAGAGGGUUGAAGGCCAUGGGAAGCAUGGUAAGUGAUUCAGAAUAGGAUUUGGAGGAAAAGACAGAAGCAGAUCCCCUUAGGUUGGGAUGUGAUUUUGGUGGUUCUGUUUUGUUGAAGCAGCAAAGAGAUUGUAAGAUUUUGAAUGGCUUCUAUUCUCUUAUCCCAUAUGAUGAGUGGUGGGCUCUUGGGUCUUUUUUCCCUUGACAUCUUUGGCUUUUUUUUUUUUUUUUGAAAUUCCAUUCACUAUACUUGUUCUAUGGAUUCAGUCAAAAAGAUGCUUCCCUACUUUAAUGCCAUUGUGCUCUAUUUGACCUUGAAUUAUUUUUUCCAUAGGUCCAUAGCUGUCACACGUUCCUCUAUAAAAGAAGAAAUAAUAAAACAUUAUGUUUACAUGUAUUUUUAUCUUUUAAAUGAAUCUUAU